UGUCUUUCAAGUAAGAUGCAAGAAGAGUUUCCGGUCUGAGCAGGAUUGUGAUAUUAUUCAACGGAUAUGACUCGAAUUUAAUCGUGAAGUAUUAUUUAAAUGUCCAAAGAAGGUUACGGAGAGUCUUUGUCAUUGGAAGAGGACGAAAAAGAUUCCAAGGUAAAUGGAAAUCACAGCUGUUCAACAGCUUACGCGCGCUAUUCGCGACACUUUCGUACUGGUUCUCGAACUGUGCUGGACUGUGUACUUUGUCCUUUGUUAUCAUCUGAUCUUGUGACCAGGGAGAGUUGACUUAAUGUUUCUCUUAUCACUGCGAAUCGUUAAUUUUUACUAAAGUAUCAAUUUACAUUAUGUUCAGGUCAUAACAAAGGAAGAUGUUCGGCUGUCAAGACUUAUAAAGCCAUCGCCACUACAGAAAAGGCUAGGUAAGAAGUAUCUCGUGGAAUAUUGACUGAUAAGCACAGAGGAUCCUCACAGCAAUGAUAAUUUAUCGCCUGUUGCCUUUGUGAAUGUAGAGGUAUCCUUUGUUUCCUAUCAACUAUUCACACCUCUCUAUUUAGCUUGUUUAUUUCUUUCCCAUUUGGUUAGUCCUACUUGGUUUUCCUUUGUUUAGCUUUCCUCUCUCACCUGUUGGUUAAGUGAUAAGAUGAGAUUGAAGUUGCAUCUACCCAUUGAGAUAUUCAAAGGAUGCCCCUUCUGAAAUACAUUUUAGCUGUUAGUGGCUUCUCCCCUUCCUUUCACAUACAUGUAGAAAGACUUGCCCACAAUGAACAUGUAGACACUGUUUAAUUCUUAAACGUUUUUUUUUUCAUGACGUUAAUAAACUGUUUAUCCUUUACAGAAGAACAGCUUCAAAAGUCACGUAAGGCACUAAAUGGUUCUAAUGGGACGCUCCUAAAAAAUGGGUAAUACAGUUUCACUAAAAAGUAUUUUAUUAUUCUAUUUCCUGGAAAACUUAAAACAAGAACUAAAUAAAUAAAAAAUUGACAAAUAUAAUAUGUAUAAUGAUGAUCAUACCCUAACACUAAAUUGAAGUAUGCAUGUUGUCCUCUCAGGAAACCCUUGCUAAAAAAUGGUUCUUUAAAGAAAAAUAUGAAGUCUGAUGAAAGACCAUUAUUCCAAGCAGAAUCUGACAGGUUAGACAAAAAUUUGAAUACUUCAAAAUGUGAAAGUGAAAAGUGAGUAGUUGUCCCAGAUAUCAUGUUUUUAGUUAUAGCCAACUUUCUGCAACAGAAUCCUCACUUUGGUCCCCUAAGUGGCUUCUGUAGAGGUUUUAUUAUAAUCAUUUCAUUACAAAAUAUUGUUUUCACUGAAAGAGUUGCAAAUCGAGUUCUUUGGUUUGGUAGCAUAUCACACUGUAGCCUACAUAUGAUGCAAUGUUCAAAUCCCCUCUAACAAUGAAACAAGAGUCUUAUCCACCAGUUGAAGUGAGGUUAGGUAAAGCUAUUGAGGUUAAGUCAGGAAAUCUCCUUGAUUAUGUAUCUCUCAAUAACUGGACCAGGUAGUCUUUGACUUUAAUAGUACAACUUUGUGCAUUGUAGAAUUUUUUCAUUUGUACAUUUACAUCAAGCUGUUUGAAUCAAUUCUAUUUUUCCCUUGACAGUGAUGAAGAAAUAACUAUGACUCAAUAUAGUAAGGCACCAAAUGUAUCUGUGACCCAAAACUCUAAGGUAGGAUUUUUCUUCAAGUAGAUGUUGCUCUGAAAUGAUUUAAAAUGCUUGCCAAGUCAGCAAGUGUAAUGGCAGUAACAACCCAUAAUUCCAUAAUUAACACUCAACAAGCAGUUAGAAAGGUACACAUGGGGGAAUCUCAAAUCUAAAUUUGCUUGAAUUCUGCCAUAAAUUCUUAUGGGAAAGUUAUGAAAACGGGGAAGGAAGGGUCUGUAUUAGAGCUGGUAGAAUUUUAAAUAGACGUUAGGUUAUAGGUGAUGUAUGAGAUUUUCAGCAGUUGUGCUGGUCACUUUUUACAUACCAGUAAUUGUCCUCUGUGGGAAAGUAUAAAUUUCCCAAAGAGAGGAGUUUUUCAUGUAGGACUUUGCAUGUGAAUGAGUCACUAGUUAAGUCAAGAAAUGCAACGUGUGGUUGGUCAUUGGAGUUUUGAGGGUUUUUUUUUUUUUUUAGGAAGGAGGAAUAGUAGGAAUAAUACUAUGUGAGGCUGAGUUUUAAAUUUUAAAUUUUUGGAAAAGACAAUCACAUGAUAAAAUAAAUCUGAAAAGUGGCUAAUGCCAGUUGAUUGCCUUUGGAUAAUACAAUAUAUCAAUUUUUUAUCAGCAAUUAAAAAAAUAACUGUUUUAGUAUAAUCUGAAACAACUGUUCACCAAAAGGGAUGUGGCGAAAGUUGGAUAUGUACCUCGCAGCUUAGUAAAUAUCCAUUACUAGCCUCAUCCACUUUGAUGAAUAGUUGUUUUUUAUGCUGAGGAUUGCCUGUUUGCUUUAGAAUCUUUCAGAUUGUACCCAACAACUACUAAAGGAUGGUUACAGGUUUGUUUCACCAUUUUCAAACAUUUUUACAAAUGGUUAAUGAGUGUCGUUUGUUUGAAUUACGGUCAAGUCACCAAUGCCAACUUGCAGACGUAUAAAAUCAAGUAAGACGUUGGCAAGUUGGUCUUCAAUCCAGUACAACUUAUUAGAAGUUAAACAUAUAGAAAAGUAAAAGAUCUUUGGUAAAAAAACAUUUUUUUCUUCCAACAAAGUUUAUAUAGAUCUCAUGGUGAAUAAAGCAAGGUAAACAUUACCAAUGACUAUAAAAGCUUCAGAUGCAAAUGAGUUGUAACUUGUUUGCCCCUAAAGCUUUUUUGGUCAUUGGCGAUGUUCCCCCUGCUUUAUUCGCCUUGAGAUCCUUAUAAACUUUGUUGGAAAUAAUAAGAAUUGUUUUUACUAAAGAUCUUAUCUAGAAAGCUAAGGAUUUUUAAAAAAUCUGACCAAUUGACAUGAUGAGUCUUUACAGUGUUGUUGUCACACAAUAACUUGUUCGUGUCCAAAGCUUUUUUUGGUCAUUGGCAAUGUUUGCCUUGCUUUACUCGCCUUGAGAUCCUCAUAAACUUUGUUGGAAAUAAAAAGAAUUGUUUUUUACUAAAGAUCUUGUCUAGAAAGCCAAGUUUUCUUUAAAAAAAUCUGACCAAUUGACAUGGUGAGUCUUUACAGUGUUGUUGUCACACAAUAACUGUAUGACAACCAUAGUGACCAUGCGGAUCCACAUGAUUUCUUAACUUUAAAGAAUGAUUUAUUCAUCAUUGAGAAUGUUUGAUUUAUGAAAUAAUUUGAUAUAUUAUAAAGAUCAAGUGAACAUGUGAAAGCUAGAUAUAUCAUGCAAUAAUUCUGCUCUUGAUGGUCCGUUUAAUCUAGACAUCGAUUUCAAUAAUCAGGCUGCUUUUUUUUCACAAUUCUCAUGUUUCUCCCAAAAUCCAAACAACUUACUUUGCAAUUGCCCAUCAGCCCUUCUUUGGGUGCUGGUCAGCUUCUGGUUAGAUACUUAUCGUAUUUUUAUGGCCGUUCACCGGCAUAGCCCAGUAUUAAGAUGGACCAAACAUAAACACCUUCAUUAGUGAGCUACCAAAGCGUGAAUCUAGAAUGAUGCUGGUUGUGACACAAUAACUCAUUCGUGUAUAAAGCUGUUUUGGUCAUUGGCGAUGUUUUUGAGAUCCUUAUAAACUUUGUUGGAAAUAAAAAGAAUUGUUUUUUUAACCAAAUAUUUUGUCUAGAAAGCCAGGUUUUUUUUUUUAAAUCUGACCGAUUGACAUGAUGAGUCUUUACAGUGUUGUUGUGACACAAUAACUCAUUCGCAUCUAAAGCUUUUUUGGUCAUUGGCAAUGUUUACCUUGCUUUUACUUUUCUAUAUGUUUAACUUCUAAUAAGUUGUACUGGAUUGAAGACAAACUCGCCGACAUCUCUACCCGAUUUUAGAUGUCGGCGCGUUGGCGAGUUGAACCAUCGCUGACUUGACUGGAUACUGUUUGUUCACCACUUGGUGCAUGCAGUGUUACCCUUAAAUGGGCUUUUGAGUUUUUCUUUGUGUAGGACAGUUUCCUUGAAAACUCAGGAUGCUGAAAAAAAACAGAAACAUUUCUUGUUAUUUCACUGUCAUUGGUUAUUUGGGUGAUAAAAAGAAGUCAGGCACAAGAUAACUGAACUACAUUUUAAGCAGCUAUGGUAGCUAGUUUGUAGUGUGCUCAAAGGCCCUGAUCUCCAUUGUCUGUGUUCACAACAUACAACCAAGGGCUUAGUUGAUAGUGUAUUGUAAUCAUCUGGGUGAUAGUGGUCCUGAAAAGGAAUGUUGUCAAUGGCAGUGAAUAAAAUUCAAAGUAUUAAAAUAGAAGUUAUCAGUGAGUGACCCUUGGGCUAGUGGUGUUAACCAAUAAUCCUAAUGAUAAACAUUUCCUGUCUCCUCCCUUUUCAGUUUUUGUAUGAGAAAAUUGAACUUACUGAAAAACUCAAUCUUGAAAGGGCAGCAGAGUGUUGUGAUAAAUUACAUGAAGUGUGAGGGAUUUUUAUAAUAGCCUGGCAAAUAUUUUUGUAUAAGAGAGCCUCUGUUUAUUUCUCACAUAUUUUACAGAAUAUGUGCUUUUAAAAGUUGAUUAAUUUUAAAUAAUCCACUGACAUAAGUGAAUUCCUGUCAUUGCCUCUAAGACUUGAUGAAAUAUCAGAUGAAGAGGACUUAGAUCUUAUACCACCACGGCCAGUUGAUGACAGAUGUCAGUGUUGUGGAGCAGUCACAUGGCAGGGCUGCACGAUUUCUUGAUUAGUGACAUCUUUCAUAGGACCAAAUCGUUUUUAAACAUAUGAAAAAUUCAGAUGUUAAAUGAAAAGCCUGCAAUAAUUUUCUUGGAAUUUACAUGAAGUGGGUCACUGUUUAUCUAACUUCAUCCAAGAGAUUCAUAUAGAAUCAUUCUUUCUUAUAGAUUCACAUUUAAUGCAAGUCUCUGUUUUGUUAGUCUGUCCUAUCAUACUUAUCAAUAAAAUGAGAACCUUAAGUUAACACUGAGGUAGAACAGCUUAUCUCAAAGCACUUAUUUUAAUAGCAUUUUCCAAAUAUGUGCUGUACAGCAUUCUAAACAUAACCAUUACAUGUUAGGCCUUGGCAUUCAAAUAUUGUAAGUUGUCAUUUAUUAAGUAAUUGUUAAGUGUUACUUUCACCCUUGUUUUUGUUUUGUUUUGUGAUUCUAGCAGAUUGUAACUAAAUGGUCAACAAUAAUUGACAUGUUCUCCCUUUCCAAACUAAAUGUUUGUUUUCCCAAGUGAUUUUUUAAAGUUAAAUUCUUAGUCUGAAUAUGCAAAUGGGAACUUAUCAAUGUUUGCAAGAUAACCCUAUAUUUGCUACAAUAGUAGUUUUGUUUCCCAAAUUUUUUUUUUACACCAUUCAGCGUUAUUUAAGGUUUCAUACAGUAAUGAUUCCCUUGUAUUUUAUUGCCUCAAUCUAAUUACAUUUGUCAUCAAGGACAUUUAUUGUCAAGGGUAUGAAAAUUUUAUGUGUAAGGAAAUAAUCAUACUUGAAACAGGAUGAAGCACCUAUUUAUUUGUAUGGGAAAUGUGGAGUUUUAAAGUAACAAAAUUCACAUGUUCUUGGUAAUGAACUUACUGCUGCAAAAUAAGAAUAAUUUUAAUCAGCAUGACUCAAUCAUGUACCUUCACAACAUUUUACUGAUUUAUAAUGUACCUCCUACUUCCCAGUAGCAUAUAUUCAAGUUAUUUAAUUAAAAUAUUCAGAUUGCAAAAAAUAUAAAAAUAGAGCAACCAUUCAGUUUUAGAAUGCAUUUUAUUACAAUGGCAAAUAAGGAAUCCUAGGUAGAGUUCUCUUUUAGGAAACAUUUUCCAAGUAAAGGCAAACAUUUCUCAUGUGGGAUUGUCUGUUGUUUUUAAAAAGAAAUGAUUUAUUUUCAUGAGUUUACUUGAGACUUUUACCAAAUAGUAAUGGUGAUAAAAGCAAUAGGAGAAAAAGAAAAACAGAAGAAUGCACUUAAUGUCAUCUACUGGCAACUUUAAUCUCAAAUUCAAGAAAUUAAUUCAGCUGUUACUGUGUGCAGAACUGCAACUAGCUUUGGUGAGUGACAUAAGCUGUGUUCCCAUCUUACAAAUUUGAUAAUUUCUCAAUCAAUUUAUCUUGCCCAAUGCAAUUAACUGGAUCAUUUAGUAAUCUGGUUAUGGAAGCCAAUUUGAAUGAUACAAUAUAGUUUUAAAAGUUAUUUGUAACAGGCUUAAACAAGAAAUAAAUAGUAAUUAUAGUCUGUAACUUGGCUAAAAAAAUAUUUAACUAACCUUGAUCAGGUAAACUGUGGAAAUGUGAUUUAUUUCACCACAGAUCAUUGGGCUGUCAUAAUACCUUGGUUGUCUUCUAUCUUGAUAGAUUCACAUCCAAACUAUCCAAAUGAAUCCAAACAAGGGACAAAUUGAUGAUUUAUGCUCUGUGGUGAGGUAUUUUUCCAAGUCCAGAAUGCUGAACUCAUGAAGAACAUUGAGCUAUUGGAGAGGCUCACUGACAUCUUCUGCUAUGCACUACUUCAAAUAAAGUUUUCUCUAAACAGGUUGGGCACAUUUUGGGCUAAACAAUUCUUUUGGUACAGUUAAAUUUUGAAUUUCCUGUGCCAGGUCAAUUACUCCCACAAAUAAACCAUAAAGGGUAUAGGUUAAGUUGCUGUUCUGAAAUCAGUGGAAUUCCACAGUAGUCAAACCAUUUGAAUUUUCUGCUACAGGUCCAAAGGGCAUCCAUACUACUAAUCAGAGGGUCUACAGUUAAACUCCUGGGCUGAGUUGUUCAAAGCUGGGUUAAGAUAACCUGGGG